UCCCAAAUGCCUAACCCUCCCCUGCUGCUCGAAGACUCUCUUCCUCACUUCAACACGCCAUCGUCUCUCAGUCUCUCUUAAUCUCACUCCAGAACGACGAUCGCCGGCCGUCUCCGAGUCUCCUCUGCUUCGUCUCGCAGGCUUGGGUGCGUCUCCGACUACGUCGCGUCUGUAGCUACCCUGUGCCAUCGCGUCUUUGACUCGCAGUCGCAAGCAACCUGCCUCGUCGCGUCUCCUUGCUCCGCGUCUCUCGUCGUCGUCCCGUCCUCUCCGUCGCUGCUACCUCCCCUCACCAGAGUCUGCUUUGCCGUGCUCAUCCAUGUUAGUCUCCUCAUUUCUCUGCGUUCGUGAGAUUUCAGAAAUAUGGAGGAAACCAAAUAGUGACAACUAUUACAAAUGUAUUUCCAGACCCAAGAAUCAACCCAAAUCACAAAAGACUAAUGGUUAUCUUGUUGUUCAUGCCAAUGGUGGAUUGAAUCAAAUGAGAACUGGGAGUUCCUCAAAUAUUUUAGCUGCCGUUUCUUCGUCACUAGAUUCUCACUCUUAUGCAUGCCAACCAUUACGACUCUUCCGUCUUCCUCUUCUUAACUCUCCCCUUCCAACAAGAACAACAACAACAAUCUCUACGCCGUCGUUUCUAAUCUGCUGCGCUGUGCACCAAUGUCGAUUGCCACUCAGCACGUUCUUCAGGUGAGGGACAAAAUUGAACUUUCCGACAUUGAGCACAGGAUCUUCGAUAGGCUUCUCGCCACUCUCCGCCACUUCAACCUCCAAACUCAGCUCCGCGUUAUCGCUCUUGACAAUAUGAUGGGCACCGAGUUUGCCCAUAAGGUGACAAAGUACAUGUUGUCCAUCGGUGAAGGUAAAUAUUUUCACAAAGAUGGCGUCAUUAAGCCCAAACCUGACCGGUCUAAACAUUUGGAGACAGCAAUGUUGAAUUUGUUUGGUAUGCGGAUUGAUUUUGUUAACUUAAGGAGUGAAGAGUAUACUGAGAAUAGCCGCAUUCCUUCUAAGCAAAGCUUUGGCACACCUGAAGUGGACGCAUAUAGGAGGGAUUUGACAAUUAACAGCUUAUUCUACAAUAUCCACUCUGACUCAGUUGAAGAUUUUACAAAGAGAGGGAUCUCAGACCUUAAGUCUGGAAGGAUAGUGACUCCUUUACCUCCAAAGGCUACCUUUCUUGAUGACCCUUUACGAGUUCUUCGAGCCAUUAGAUUUGGUGUUAGAUUUGAGUUCACUCUAGAUGAGGAUCUGAAAGUAGCUGCUGCAUGUGGUGAUGUGAAAGAUGCUCUAGCUGCUAAAAUUAGCAAAGAGCGCAUUGGAAAAGAGAUUGAUCUUAUGAUAUCUGGAAAUCAACCUGUCAAAGCAUUGACUCAUAUUUGUGAUCUGACAUUAUUUUGGAAUGUGUUCAGUCUUCCUCCUAAGUUUGAACCUGCUAUUCCAGAUGGAUGUGAAAGGCUUUGCAUUUCUUACUUGGAUACUGCAUGGAACCUUAUCCAUUUACUCAAAGAGUCAACCUUUAAAGACAAAGAAAGGAGAUUGUCACUUUUUGCUGCAUUGUUCCUCCCACUUAAAAAUAUCACUUACCAAGUUAAGAAAGCGAAGAUGGUUCCUGUUGUCAAUUAUAUUAUUGUUGACUCACUCAAACGAAACGAGGAUGCAAAAAUGGUGCUUGAUUUACAUCAAGCAUCACAGAAAUUCUUGUCAUUGAUUCCUUGUCUUGCAUCUAAUGAGGAUUUGCAACCUGAUGAUGUUGAUUGGAUAAGAGGAUUGAUUGAUGAUGUCUCUAUUGCUUCUAGAGUCCGGGUUCUAACAGGUUUUCUCUUGAGGGAGAUUAAAGAUUUAUGGAGAGUUGCACUAUUGGUAUCCAUAUUAUUACAUCCCAUUGGCAUUAACGACACUGAGGAUGAAUCCUCACAAUUGCACAAACGAAGAGAUCUGUUUAAUACAGUGGAGAGUUCUAUAAUAAAACUAGGCCUCGACAAAGUUUGGGAGGUGAAGCCAUUGAUCAGUGGCGAAGAUAUUAAGAAUGUCUUACAGCUUGAAGAAGGACCACUCGUUAAGGAGUGGAAAGAAAAAUCAAUGGCAUGGGAACUUGCCAAUCCUUCUAGAACUACUGAGGAAUGCAUUGACUGGUUAAGAGAAACCAAUUCUAAGCGGGUAAAGUUGGAGUGAGGUCGGAAUGCCUUUGAUCAUUUGUCUGUUUCCAUACCAUGUCACCAUGUCACCAUGUCACCGAGAUAGAAAUACGGAACACCUUUGCCUUGGAUGAUACGGGGAAUCACUUCAUGCACACAUGGCUUGUGAAUGUUGUAUGAAGCUCACAAUUAGGAUAAAAGUAUUUAUGUAUAUAAACAUGAUAUAUGAAUAUAUCUAAAAUUAUUUAUAAAGAUAUGUAUUUAUAUUAAUUAUUAAAAUAAAUUAUUAUUUAAAAUUUAACUUUGUAAA